AUGGCAUCUCGCCGGGUAUCGUCGCUCUUGCCUCAUUUGGUCAAGUUCUCUCGACCGUAUAGCAUUGGGACCGCUACGAAUUAUGUUCCGGCUAUUGAAUCAGCACAUAUACCAAAAACCGAGGUCAGUACGUUGAAGAGCGGAUUCCGCAUCGCUUCCGAGAAUUGGAAUCUGCCCACAUGCACUGUUGGUCUGUGGAUUGAUGUUGGAAGCCGCUUUGAAACCGAAACCAACAAUGGUGUUGCCCAUUUCCUGGAGCACAUGGCGUUUAAGGGCACUGAUAAACGAACUCAACGGUCUCUGGAGGAGGAAGUUGAAAAUAAGGGCGCCCACCUGAACGCUUACACCUCAAGAGAGAUGACUGUAUACUACGCAAAAUGCUUUUCUCAUGACCUGCGUUGGGCCUGCGAACUCAUUUCUGACAUCAUCAAACAUAGUAAACUUGACCAACAUCAGGUUGAUCGUGAACGUGGAGUCAUUUUGAGAGAGAUGGAGGAGGUUGAAAGCAACUACCAGGAGGUUGUGUUCGAUUACCUGCACGCCACGGCUUACCAAGGCACUCCCCUCGGUCGCACAAUUUUGGGACCGGUUGAGAAUGUUAAGUCUUUGCAGCCUCGCGACCUGCGUAACUUCAUAAAAACCAAUUACAAGGCUCCGCGAAUGGUGCUCACCGCGGCUGGAGGUGUCGAGCAUGAAGAACUGAAGGAACUUGGUGAAAAGUACUUUGGUGAUAUAUCGGCCACCUUUGAGAGCGAAACUUCCAAGCUUGAGCGCUGUAGAUUCACUGGAUCCGAGAUCCGUGAUCGCGACGACGCAAUGCCGUUGGCUCACAUCGCCUUUGCUUUUGAGGGUCCUGGUUGGGCUGAUCCAGAUACUCUUGCUCUCAUGGUGGGGAGCAGCGUUAACGGCGCCUGGGAUCGAACACACGGGGGUGGCUCUAACGUCGCUAGUCCCUUGGCCAGCAAGUUUUUCGAAAAAGGCAACGUUCACAGCUACCAACACUUCUUUACUUGCUAUCAUGAUACCUCUCUCUGGGGCGUAUACUUUACAGGCGAAAAGAUAGGCCUAGAUGAAGCGGUUACCGCACUCACCAAGGAGAUGGUUCGUAUGUGCUCACAAAUCACGGAACAUGAGGUUUCGCGUGCCAAAAACCAGCUCAAAACCCAUCUCAUGCUCCAGUUGGAUGGCACCACUCCCAUCUGUGAAGACAUCGGCCGGCAGAUGCUCGUCUACGGACGCCGCGUCCCCAUCAACGAAAUGCCAUCGAUGCUGAAAAACUCCGUGAAGUUUGCUCAAAGUACUUAUACGAUCGGUGCCCGGCUGUCGCCUCUAUCGGGCCAGUUGAGUCGCUGCCGGAUUACAACCGCAUUCGUGAUCAGACAUGGUGGAUACGCAUGUAGAUCACCGCUUAUCCCUGCCUAUCUCCCGUCCUGGCCUAAGGUUGCGCCCUGCGUCACUUGA